AUGUGGUGUUCCCUCCUGCAUGGCUUGUGGUCCACCCCUCCCAUCAGGAAACCAUGGGUGUGUGGCGUCUCAUCUCACGGUAUCGACCACACUCAGAUUCUCGGGGACACCAUCGAGGAGAUUGCUUGGCAUAAAGGAGGAAUCUUUAAGCCAGAGGUUCCUGCCUUCACGGUCAAGCAGCCUGAAGGCUCCAUGGCUGUCCUGAAACAGAGAGCCUCAGAGAUAGAGUGUCCCCUUUGGGUCUGUCCAGAGCUGGAGGACUACCAGACGGACUGUGGACCUCUGCAGCUGGGCCUGGCCGGACAGCAUCAGCGCUCCAACGCCUCCCUGGCCCUGCAGCUGAGUCACACCUGGCUGCAGAGGAGGCGUCUGCAAGACCAGAACUUUCCCUCCACCACUCUGGAGGGUCCAGGGGUCCCUCUGGCCACUCCUUUCACACCAAGCCCCAUCAUGACCAAAGGGCUGGCCGACACGGUGUGGGCGGGUCGCACCCAGACGCUGAAGAACGGCGAGGUCACCUACUUCCUGGACGGAGCUCACACCAGGCGCAGCAUGCAGGCCUGCGUGAGCUGGUUCCAGGAGGCAGCGGUGCGCUGCGAGAGAAACGCAAGGUGAGCGGAAAGGGAACGUUCUCUUAAGGCCAGAUAACCCACUCCCUGAGUCCUGCGCCACAU